ACGGUAUAUUUUGGUAUAAUUCUGAGGGUCGACAGUACAAAUUUCGCAAAAUCUUUUUGUUUAUAAUAAAUGCGAAUGGAAAGGAAUGCUUGAAGUUGGAUCAGAUAAAAACGGAUCAUGAGUGUCAGCAUUGUGAAAUACUUUGGAAGCCAGCUCGGAAAAUGUGGAUACUGCACAGGCAUUAACUGCAGCAAAUCCAAUGGUAUGCAUGCAUAUCGCUUGGACUGCCAAGACUACCAAAAUCUCAUUGAUCGCGGCUGGCGCAGAUGCGGGAACUACUGCUAUAAGCAAAAGAACAAGGAGACCUGUUGCCCCUGUUAUACCAUCAAAUGUGAUGCAUUGGCAUUCAAGCUGACGAAGUCCAACAAGCGAAUACUUAGACGUAUGAAUCGAUUUUUGCGUGAUGGCAAACGUGACCCGGUCGAGCAGGCGGCACGCGCAGGAAAUGAGGAUGACGUAACUGCGAGUGUGGAUGCACCUGCCAGCGAGCCGCAGCCUCAGAUGCCAGAUAAGAGACCAGCUGUUAUCAAUGUGGAACAGGCUGUGUCACUUGCAAAGGCUCAAAAAUCAAAAGCAAAGCCGGCCAGAGCUGCACAGGUGCCAUUAACCCAAUCGCCAUCGCAGGGAUCCACCAAAUCUGCGGCGGUGAUAUCAAAUAAGCCGUGCAAGAAAGCCAAGCAGAUGCGCUUGGAACGCCGGCAGGCUAAGUUGGGUGAUAUCGCACAGCAAUCAUCACAGAAAGCAUUCACGCAGGAGAAGAGUUUAACUGACUUUUUAUCGGCAACCAGCGAAACAAACAAGCAUCAUCUGAAGAUCGUUUUGGUCGAUUCCUCAGACACACAGCGUACGUGUGCCGAUGAGGUACUAGCACUGUACCGAAAAUAUCAAUUGAGUUUGGUACACGUCUAUAGCGAGGAAUUUAAACGGACUCUACCCGAGAGCUAUGCGCUGUACAGAAAGUAUCAAAUAGCGAUACACAAUGAUCCGCCCAAGGAUCGGAGUGCCUACCAGGAUCAUCUGCAGGUGUCGCCCAUGAAGAACGAAAAGCCAGAUGAUGGGCCCGAAAUGGGCUAUGGAUCGUUCCAUCAGCAGUAUUGGCUCGAUGAAAAGCUGAUUGCCGUGGGCGUUAUUGAUAUCUUGCCUGGGUCGGUUAGCUCCGUGUACUUCUUUUACGAUCCAGACUACAGUUUUCUCUCUCUGGGAACAUAUGGCUCGCUGAGGGAAAUCGAUUUCGUACAGACGAUUGCUGCCACUACGCCUGCCCUCAAAUAUUACUAUAUGGGCUUUUACAUACACUCCUGUCCGAAGAUGCGCUACAAAGGAAAGCUGUCUGCCUCAUAUUUGCUCUGCCCAGAGACUUACGUGUGGAUACUCCUCACCGACGUCAUUCGUUCUAAGCUAGAUAAAAACAAGUAUCAACGCCUAAAUGAAGAUGCAGCUGCUAGAGAUGUAAACGAGUUCUUACUUGAGCAUUUAGAUGAAGUACUGCUUCUGCUCGACGCCACAACCUGCAUGCAGUAUAAGAAUUAUGUUCAGGUACUGCUCUUCUCAUUAUUACUGGCACUGAUAGCGAUCGCGUCGAGAUUAUUGAAUACAGCGAGCUAGUGGGAAAAGUAUGUGCGCAUCGCAUGCUUUAUGUUAACAUGGCCUGAGAGCCACUUUUAUUUGUUAAUCUGUUAUCUAUCCAUUUAUAAAUCAAAAUUUAUCAGUCAAAAUGCCUCUUACUAUUAUUUCUGCUUAAAAACUAAAGGAAAUUGUUAAUUAAUAUGUUCUAAGACAUGCCAAGAUAUAUGAUAUGUAUUAAAAGUGAAUCUUCAUGUGAAAAUCGA